GAAAGGAAGAACAAGUAUGGGUAAAGGGAAACAGAGAAUCGAAAUAAAGAAAAUCACAAAAGAAUCUGCAAGAAUGGUGGCAUUUUCGAAGAGACGCAAAGGACUUUUCAAGAAAGCUGUGCAACUUGAAUCCAAGACUGGUGCUAAAGUUGCCAUUCUUGUUUUCUCUUCCUCAGGAAAACCCUACACUUGUGGGGACGUUGAAACGCUUUGUGAGUCGAAUAGUAGUUUGGAUUCAUUCAAUCUUGAAACGCAUUCUGAGUCGAAUGGUAUUUGGGAUUCAUUCAAUCUUCAAACGCAUUGUGAGUCGAAUGGUAUUUUGGAUUCAUUCAAUCUUGAAACGCAUUGUGAGUCGAAUGGUAUUUGGGAUUCAUUCAAUCUUGAAAGGCCUUGUUCAUCUUCUGGGCAGAAUGGUAUGUGGGAUUCAUUCAAUCUUGAAAGGCCUUGUUCAUCCUCUGGGCAGAAUGGUCUGUGGGACUCAUUCAAUCUUGAAAGGCCUUGUUCAUCCUCUGGGAAGAAUGGUAUGUGGGACUCAUUCAAUCUUGAAAGGCCUUGUUCAUCCUCUGGGCAGAAUGGUAUGUGGGAUUCAUUCAAUCUUGAAAGGCCUUGUUCAUCCUCUGGGCAUAAUGGUAUGUGCGAUUCAUACAAUCUUGAAAGGCAUUGUUCAUCCUCCGAAAUCCCAUCUGGGUCGAAUGGUAUUUGGGAUUCAUUCAAUAUUGAAAAGCAUUGUUCAUCCUCUGAGUCGAGUGGUAUGUGUGAUUCAUUCAAUGUUGAAGCAUGUCAUAACGUGAAUGAACUCUUGCUGUUGAAGGCACACUUGGAAAGGACCAGAGAAAAGCUGCUGGAGUCUCAGUUUCUUGACUCUCUCUGGUCAUGAUCAAAAAAUUUUAUUUUUUCUUUAAUUACUUCCAUGGCUGUGAAUUAUUAGUUAGACUUUUUGUGAGAAAUUUUUAUAAAAUAUAUUCAGUUGGUGCAGAUUUU